GCGCCUCCUUCUUCUCUCUUUUGGAGUUAGAGUGGCCACCAGCCAUCUUUUGAUUUAAAAAACGUUUGUCUUUCCCGGGAUGUAAAAAAAGGGGCCGUGGCUGAUGUACAGCUACUUGGUUUGAGGCGGGUUAUUUUGGGCAAGUCUGUGUGCACGGGCGCCUCAAACGGAGAGAGGGAGCGAAGGGGAGCGCACGGCGCACAGAACAGACGCAGAGAGAGGAGGGAGAAAAGCGCACAGAUCCAGCGGCUCUCAGCUUGUUCUGCCUGUAUAACAAGGGAGCACAGACAGAAACAAAUCUGGAUGCUUUUACGGAAAUCGGUGCAACUUGUGCCAGCUUGUGUUUACUGAACAAAUCUUAUUUUUUCUCUCUUGGCUCUGGCCAGAAACCAAUGCAGCUGCUGACUGAGGGAGCGCAGCAUUCAAUAAGUUAAAACUGGAAUUUUCCUGCACAGCAUUUUGGAGCUAUUUUCUGGGAUCUGUUUUGGUGUUCCACAGAAAUGCAACCAGGUAAAAUGAGGGGACUCUUUUUGUCAAAAAUGUUGAAAGUUUUGGCUGUUUUGGCGCUGGCAGCACAACACGUCACCGGUAAGACACUGAAAUAUCAGAUUUAUGAGGAGCAGAAGGUUGGUACAGUUAUCGCCCGUUUGAAAGACGAUGUUGCGGAUGUUCUGGCUAAACUUCCGAGCUCAGUGUCGCUCCGCUUCAGAGCUAUGCAAAGAGGGAGCUCGUCGUUCCUCACACUGCGCGAGCAGGACGGAGAAAUCAGCAUCAGGACCAAAAUCGACCGUGAGAAACUCUGCGAAAAGAAUCUCAACUGCUCUAUUCAGUUCGACGUCCUGACACUCCCCACUGAGCACCUGCAGUUGUUUCACGUCGAGGUGGAAGUGUUGGACAUUAACGACAACGCACCACAGUUUGCCCGUGCCGUCGUUCCCAUUGAUAUCUCUGAGAGCGCGGCCGUGGGAGCGCGCAUUCCCCUGGACAGCGCCACAGACCCCGACGUCGGGGAGAACUCACUGUACACAUAUGCCUUAGAGCCCAACAACUUCUUCAAGAUUGACAUACAGUCCAGGACAGACGGGGCUAAAUAUGCAGAGCUUGUGGUGCUCAGGGAGCUGGACCGAGAGGUGCGCUCCGGUUAUGAACUUCAAUACACGGCUUCUGACAGGGGCGUUCCCCCGAGAACGGGUUCGACUCUCCUCAAAAUCAGUGUUACCGACUCAAAUGAUAACAGCCCAAUUUUUGACAGGUCCUCAUAUGUCAUAAAUCUCCCAGAAAAUUCACCUGUUGGAACUCUGCUCAUUGACUUAAACGCCACUGACGCGGAUGAGGGUACUAACGCUAAAAUAGUCUACUCCUUCAGCAGUCACGUGUCCCCUAAAAUAAUGGAGACGUUCAAAAUUAACCCCGACAGCGGUCACCUGACCCUCAUCAGGCGUUUGGACUAUGAGAGCAUUAACUCUUAUGAUAUUGAUGUCCAAGCACAAGACAUGGGUCCAAACUCCAUGCCCGCUCACUGCAAGAUCCUAGUCAAAGUGGUAGAUGUGAAUGACAACAAACCAGACAUCAGCAUCAAUCUCAUGUCCUCUCAGGGGAACGGGGACGCUGCUUAUAUAUCCGAGGCUUCUCCUUUGGACUCGUUUUUAGCUUUGGUGAGGGUGGAGGACUUGGACUCUGGGUUGAACGGAGAGGUAGAGUGCAAACUUCAUGGGCAAGGCUUUUUCAAAUUGCAGAAGACUUAUGAGAACAAUUAUAUCAUUCUGACCAAUGUGUCUCUGGACAGAGAGAGGAGGUCAGAGUUCAGUCUGACAGUGGUGGCAGAGGACCGGGGGACUCCCAGUCUUUCUACUGUGAAACAUUUCACUGUGCAUGUAACUGAUGAAAAUGACAAUCCACCACGUUUUGAGAAGGUGCGAUAUGAGAUCUUUAAAUCAGAGAACAAUGCCCCUGGAGCAUACCUGACCUCCAUCAUGGCCACUGACCCUGACCUGGAUGCCAAUGGACAGGUGAGCUACUCCAUCUUGGAAAAGGGUGUUCAUGGGAGCUCCAUCUCCACUUACGUCACCAUUGACCCCUCCAAUGGCGCCAUCUAUGCACUGCGUACGUUUGAUCGUGAGGAUGUAAGUCGUAUCUCAUUUGUUGUGCAAGCCAAAGAUGCAGGAAAACCACCACUUCUGAGUAAUGCUACAGUUAUUCUGAACAUCCUGGAUGAGAAUGACAACCCUCCAGUCAUUGUGGUCCCCCAGCUGUGGAACUUCACUGCUGAUGUGCCUGCAUCAAAGUUCACAGAGGCUGGACACUUAGUAACCGUGGUGAGGGCUACAGAUCGUGACACAGGGGUCAAUGCUGAGCUCAUCUGCUCCAUUGUCAGUGGCAAUGAGGAGGGUUUCUUCCUUAUCGAUCCAAGAACAUGUGAAAUCCAUGCCAAUGCCAGCCUGGAGAACUUUCCCCAUGAGCAUGCAGAGCUGACGGUUGUGGUUCGUGAUCAGGGAAGUGAGAGCCUCAGCGCUAAGGCAGUUCUGAAAAUUACCCUCUAUGAGAACAUGGAGAACCAUGUCCAGGUGAUGGAUCAGGGGGAGUCUUCUUUCGAUGUAUCCCUGAGUAUCAUCAUCUCCCUGGGGGCCAUCUGCGCUGUGCUCCUGGUCAUCAUGGUGGUGUUUGCAGCUCGCUGUAACCGCGAGAAGAAGGACACCAGGCAUUCCUACAACUGCCGGGUGGCUGAGUCGACCCACCAGCACCAUCCCAAGAAGCCCUCACGCCAAAUCCACAAAGGUGACAUCACCCUGGUGCCCACAGUGAAUGGCACCCUGCCAAUCAGAGCUCACCACCGCUCACCUUCAGCCACACCCCCCAUGGACCGAGCCCAGAUAGGGAGCCGGCAAAACCAUCACAGCCGCCAAUCACUGAACAGCCUAGUAACCAUCUCAUCCAAUCACAUACCAGAGAGCUUUGCCCUGGAACUGGCACACGUAACCCCACCAGUGGAGGUGAAACAUCAGGCAGCUGCAUCUUUGUUUUUCAGAUGUGUUUGUAAUCUUUUUUAAAUUAUGUCCCACAGGUAUGCAUUACAAGACAUGGACAAGUUCAGCCUGAAGGACAGUGGCCGUGGGGACAGCGAGGCGGGGGACAGUGACUGUGACAUGGGGAGGGAAUCCCCCGUGGACAGACUGCUGCUGGGGGAGGGUUUUUCUGACCUCAUACACCUUGAAAUGCACCACCGAUUCCACCCAGCUAUGAGACUGUGCACGGAUGAAUGUCGGGUCCUGGGACACUCUGACCAGUGCUGGAUGCCCCCCGUGUCUUCGCCUGCUUCCUCCUCUGACUACCGCAACAACAUGUACAUCCCUGGGGAGGAGUCCACCCAGCAGCCCCAGCCUGAUGAUGACCAAUCCUCGGUUGACUCGGAGCGCCGCAAGAGCUUCUCCACUUUUGGCAAGGAGUCUGGGAACGAAGAGGCCGGGGCAGGGGAAGUCAUCGGAGGAGGAGGAAGUGAUGCGUGUACAGCUGGAGGAGGGGCUGGCUCCCUCCUCACAGAGAUGAACUCUGUGUUCCAGCGGCUCCUUCCCCCUAAUACAGACUCAUACGCAGAGUGCACUGAAACAAGCCCACCCCCAUCCUCAUCAACCACUGAGAGAGGAAGUGGACGUGGUGGCAACAUAGCUAGUAACCAUAGUAACACCGCUGUUCCUCAGGACAACCGAAGAGGGUUGUUGCCAGGGGGGAAAGGUCCCAUUUACCCCCCAGGUGUGGCUGCAUGGGCGGCCAGUACCCACUAUCUAAAUCCUGGAAGUGGAUCUGUGGGAGCCAACCAUAUUUCUUCCUCUUCUUCUCCCUCAUCCUCCACCUCCACUUCCACCUCCACCAAUGGACAGCUGCCACAUCUCAAAUGGCUGCCAGCCAUGGAGGAAAUCCCUGAGAAUUACGAGGAAGAUGACUUUGAUGGCAUCUUCCAACAGGGUCACCAGGGCGGCAAGCGCAGCGAGAGCCGCCACGAGGCCAGUAUGGACUCUAGUGAGCUGGUGCAUGAAAUCAACAAACUGCUGCAGGAUGUCAGACAAAACUAGAGAAGAAAAAGAGAGAAGGUGUAGCGUGGUUCAGCUAAGUGAUGGGGGGAUGAGGCUGGGUGGCAUUUCAUCGCAUUCUGGCAAAUGCUUGCCCUUUGUGCCGACGUAUAUAAACUACAUGAUGACUGUUUAUUGUUCACUGUAAUGCUUGUCCUUGUUUAAUUUACCAAAUAUCUUUUUUUUGCUACUCAGUGCUGAGACUUGUAGAGAAAAGUAAAACACACAGAAGCUCAGACUUGAAGGCAUCAAAGCAAGCGCUCCAAGAACAGAUUGCUCAGUUGUUAGUACAAUCUCCCCGAAUUUUGCUUGAAUGAGCGGUUUCAAAUGGAAAUCCACCAACAGAAACAGUACCCUUUUUUCAUUUGUAAUGUUUACAACAAUGUGAACAGACUCUACAGGAAGAAAGCAACAGUUGUGUGAUCUGAUUUUACUGUGUACACUACUGUACAGUGUCUGUGGAAAGAGACAAACUCACUUGAAUAUUGUGCUAUGUCUCCUGUUUUGUUAUUAUGGAAUGUAACUGUACAAUUUGACCUUUGUAUUUUAAAAAUACACUCUUUUUUACUUCUAUAUAUUUAUAUGUGGUCAUGUAUGUUUGUACAGAAAAAGAAAACAUGUCUAUUUUUUAUAUUUGUCACUGCAUGUCUUAAUAUCACUUAAUGUGUCUCUUUCCAUUUGCCCUGUUUGUUUUAUAAAACAAUUGUAUUUAAAUUUGUUAUUGAAUGUGGGUGUGGGUGUGUGUGUGCGCGCGUGCGUAUUAAAAACAGUCACAUUCCAAUGCAGUUCCAUGUUGGAAUUUGGUUUUGUAUGGUAACAUUGUGACCAGUGGAUGACAAAUAAAGUGGAGGGGUUCAUA